GCGCGGCCCGACAGUAAAAUGGAGGAGUUGAACCAAGCACUGGCUUCCAGCUUCGCUGUGUCUCAGGACCUGAACAGCACAGCAGCCCCUCACCCCCGACUGGCACAGUACAAGUCCAAGUACAGUUCCUUGGAGCAGGCAGAGAGGAGACGUCGGCUCCUGGAACUUCAGAAAUCUAAGAGAUUGGACUAUGUGAACCAUGCCAGGAGACUGGCAGAGGAUGACUGGACUGGAGCUGAGAGGGAGGAGGAGGAAGGUGAAGAUGCGGGCCGUGAGGAUAUGGACGUUGACGUGGGCAAGAAGUUGCCAAAGCGCUAUGCUAACCAACUAAUGCUUUCUGAGUGGCUGAUUGAUGUCCCCCCAGAUCUGAAACAAGAAUGGAUCCUGGUGAUGUGUCCCAUGGGGAAAAGGGCACUGAUUGUGGCAUCCAGGGGCUCCACUGCAGCUUACACCAAGAGUGGAUUUUGUGUCAACAGGUUCCCCUCCCUCUUGCCAGGGGGAAACAGGCGUAAUUCGGCAACUGGGAAAGACUACACGAUCUUGGACUGUAUCUACAGCGAAGUGAACCAGACGUACUACAUCCUUGACGUGAUGUGUUGGAGGGGGCAUCCCGUUUAUGACUGUCAGACAGAUUUCCGAUUCUACUGGCUUCAUUCUAAGAUACAAGAAGAGGAAGGGCUGGCAGAGAAAAGCAGAAUUAAUCCAUUUAAAUUUGUGGGCCUGCAGAGUUUCCCCUGCACCCCAGAGAGCCUAUGCGAGGUGCUGGCCAUGGACUUCCCCUUUGAGAUAGAUGGGCUCCUCUUCUACCAUAAACAAACCCACUACAGCCCUGGCAGCACCCCACUAGUGGGCUGGCUCCGACCCUACAUGGUAUCAGACAUCCUUGGGAUGACUGUGCCAGUUAAUCCGCUAACUACCAAACCAGACUAUGCCGGGCACCAGCUCCAGCAGAUCAUUGAGCAUAAGAAGAGUAAAAAGCUGGCAGGAGAGGAGGGAUGCUUGAGCUCCAAGGAGGUGGCUGAGAACGGACGUUAUGAGUUGGAACACUUGUCUACACCUCGUCCGGCAGAAUCUCCCAACAGCCAAGUUGAGACAGCAAGCCAGAUGGAGAGCUAGACUACUGUAGUGGGAUGGUUUUAUUGAGAGGGUGAGGGGCCACAGCGCAGCCUUCUCGUUUUCCAUUGCUGCUCAUGCUGGCUGGGAGGAGGAUAAUAGUGAUCACUGGAUGGCUCUGUUUUAAGUGCCUUUAAGGGAAAUAGGUCAGCUUUAACGGUUGUUGCAAGGACUGUCACCUCUGUGGAGAUGCUAAGGCUUAGUCCUACCUGCUGAAGAAAUCUGCUCUUGGGAUUGUACCCUGUGCCAAACUGCAUGGUUACUCAUUUAGAACCUGAUCCUGUUCCUAUUGGACUCCAUGGCCAAAACUCCAUUCUCAGAGCAGGAAUCAGACACCUCUUUUUAAACUGAACACCAAAUACCAGGCCUCAGACAAACCUUAUUAGGCUGAAAAUCUGGGGCAUUUCCACCUCCAAUCCAGUGGUUUGCACUUAAGACCCUUUUGAUGAAAGUUUUGUGGUCAAUCUGAUUCUGGUUUCAGAGGGUUGCACUAUAAGUCUAAAAUCUGAAGGCUGUGUUUGACACCCACAUGUUAGUGAGAAACAGACUUUCCUUGCAUCAGAACAGGCCCCUGUAUCGAAAAAUGGCCGUGUGCAAAAAGAACUCAGCAUAAUUUUAUUCUCUGACCCCUUUUUGCAAUAGGGGAAAUGCCCAAGUCAUGUUGAAUUUUUUAUUUUUUAUUUUUUGUGGUUGAAUGUGCAGAAUAAAGUGUUUCACAUUA